AUGACAAGCCGCCACUCCAACUGCGUCAAAGCUGAAUUCUACGAUCUGAUCUGGCCUGAAAUGGCACUGUUCGCUGCACGGGACAGAAGUGUUCAUUUGAGGCGGCGGCGAGACUGGCAGCCUGUUUUCUCUCCUCAAGAAAAGGUGCUGUUGCACAUCGAAGAGCUAGGUCAGCAACUGGAGUUGAAAGCAAAGAGCGGCGCCGUCGUGAAUGUCACCGACUUUUUGCUCUGGUCCACCGUUGAUCUGAUGGGCGACUUCACCUUCAGCACCCCAUUCGGGGUCCUCAAGGGCGAGGACCCGAGAUCCCACGAGAUGAUCCUGCAGAUCAAAAACGGCCGGGUGCUCCUCGGUCCCCUGACGCCAGUCCCCUGGCUCCUGCACAUCGGCACCAAGUUACUUCCUAAGGUCCUCUGGAUCAAGGAUUGGUACAAAUCAGUCGACUGGUGCCAGGAGCAGAUCCAAGCACGCCUAGCCAAGGGGCCGGCGCCGGAGCUACAAGAUCUCACUUAUUACAUCAUGGAGAAGGAGAAGGAGAACAAAGUCGAUGCUGGGCCUUGGCUCAGGGGGGAUAGUCUGCUCGCCGUCUUGGCGGGAAGGCCAGUUUUCCCUCUACCUUUGUGCGCCCAGUGA